AUGAAAAAGAAACAAUUUUCUCCGAAAGAGCAAGAGUUUGAAAAAUACUUGCAGAAAAUAGAGGAUCCGAAUUAUCAGGGAGAAGUAAAUUACGCUUUACCGGAAAAUCCAACUCCUUUACAAGUGGCUAAGUUUAACAUUUGUCAAAACAUUCUUCGUUAUAAACGAGAAAACAAUUUAACUAGGGAACAAACAGCGGAAAGAAUUGGAUUAAGUAAGGCAGAAACCGAAGAUAUUUUAUUUAGUCAUAUUGAACAAUUCACUCUCGACCGAUUAGUUGAUUAUGCUAGUAAAUUGUUCGAACCAUUGGAAAUUAAAGUAGUAAAAGCUGACGCGAGAAGAAUUAGUGUCUAG